GGGAUAACCCUGCCCCCCCCCCCCCCCACAUGGCAGAGAGGGAAGUUUUAGUGCACACGGAUCUGCUCCCUGGUCUCAGCUCCCCGGUCAGAGAUACUGCGGCGCCUGUUCUGCUGCCGAUAUGGACAAAAGGCGACUUACCAGUGAUACCCAGGAUUCCCGGCUGCUCAGUUUCCCAGUAGUUAGACUGGAAAGGAUAAAGAAUGAUUCUGGGAAAUAUCAGCCAAUAUCUGAAGAAUUGCAGAAGAUGGAGCAAAGGAAAAUGAGUGGCCUUCCCCAGAGAUUCCCAGUGGUUCUGUUGGAGAGGAUAAAUAUUUAUUCAGGGAAUGAACUUUCUGAAGAUCUUCGAUGGAAAUGGAAUGGCCCUCAGAUGAAGAACAAGGAGGAGAGGAGGAGACUCAGUGCUGCUGGAUACAGAUUGGUUCCAUAUGGAUCAGGAAUCACAGAGAUGAACAGGGAGAGGAGAGAAGGGCUUGGAGCAAGGAAGCAGACAGGAAGUGACACAAACAGGAAGUCCUCUACAUGCAAUGGCUUUCUUGCCAGAUCUGCCCACAGUAACCAACCUUUGGUGCUUCAGAAACCUCUUGCCCGGGAGAUGAAUUCUGCCCCAAAAGCCCAACAGAACCAAAUGCCCCAACUUUGCACAGUAACUGGGGGGAAGCUAAUUGUAACCCCCAAACUAACAAAACACACACAGCCUGAUGCUGAGGAAAACCUACAUGGAAGUCAGAAAAAGCGAACUGAUAUUUCGGGGAAAUACCUAAAGCCAGGAAAGGCCCAAAGCACAAAGCAAACUGUGUUCCCUAAACCAUUUGGGGUUAUAAAUCCGUUUGUCUGUGUUAAGAGCAAGAGAAGGUUCGGCAGCAAUGGGAACCUCCUCAUCCAUCAGCGCAUUCACACAGAGAGACCGUUCUCUUGCACUGAUUGUGGGAAAUGUUUCUCCCACAGAACCAUCCUCCGAGAGCACCGCCGGGCUCAUAUGGGAAAGGGGCCCUUCCCCCACAGCACUGGGGGCAAUAAAAUCCCAUCAGGUAAGGGCAACUUUCAGAGGCACCAAGGGGCGAGUGCUAAAGGGAAACCACUUACCUGCACUGAGUGUGGGAAAUCAUUCAAAUGCAAGUCUGAUUUGCGCGUACAUGAACGCACACACACCGGGGAGAAACCUUAUGUUUGUACCCAAUGUGGUAAAGGCUUUUCCCAGAAGGCGAAUCUUAAUACACAUUCAGUUAUUCAUUCUACAGAGAGACCUUUUAGCUGCACAGAGUGUGGGAAAUGUUUCCGUUUGAAGCAAUGUCUCAAAUCUCAUGAGAAGAUUCACACUGGGGUUAAAGAUUUUGUCUGUACAGAGUGUGGGAAAUCAUUUAACCGCAAAUUUGAGUUGCAGAAACAUGAACGCACACACACCGGGGAGAAACCUUAUGUUUGUACCCAAUGUGGUAAAGGCUUUUCCCAGAAGGUGCAUCUUGAAUCACAUUCACUUAUUCAUUCUACAGAGAAACCUUUUAGCUGCGCAGAGUGUGGGAAAUGUUUCCGUUUGAAGCAACAUCUCAAAUCUCAUGAGAAGACUCACACUGGGGUUAAAGAUUUUGUCUGUACAGAGUGUGGGAAACAGUUCAUUCAAAAAUACAGCCUCCGCCAACACCUGCUGAUUCACACUGGUGAGAAACCAUUUGUGUGUAAUGUGUGUGGGAAAGGCCACAGGUGUAAGAAGCAUCUAGAAAGACUUAGCAGGGGAAGAAAACAGUCAACAUUCUACAUGUACCAGACCAAGAUAAGCUAUUACAGGUAGCCAUCUUGGUUUUCCCCUGCAAAACAUAUGCAUCUUGUAGAUGUGUCUCUCCCCCUGAUGUCUACAGAGCACAUAAGGGCCUGCACAUAUCCUAGACCCCAAAACCCAUGAACCGUGCCAGGAGUCAUGUGGGGAAUCAUCUAGCCAAGCAUGAUAGACGCAGGGAAAAUAUCCAACCAGUCAAGAGCCUUGUCAGUCCCAUAAGAUGGCACCCUACACAAAAGCCUACCAAGUGCCAGUUUGAUACCUACCACACAUUAUUAAGGAAUGGUUUGCAGACACUAACCCCCAGAGACUACAUGCCACCACUGCCUCUGUGAGCAAGCUUCAGACAAGGCUGAAACUAAUCCUUAUCCUACACCCCUGAUAUCCUGCCCAAGCAUAAUUUGGACAGUACCACAGGAUCUGCAUACCAUAGAAUGGGGGUCCAACCAUAUUACAUGCCCACCAGACUAGCAUUUGCAGAAAUACACUCUUAUACCUCUUACCUAUGAGGAAUCACCCUGAAAAGGAUAAUAGAUUUCAUCUAUUUAAAGACAUAAGAGGAUGAAGGUCCCUGCCCCAUAGAGCUUACUAUCUAUAUGGGAGGGUAACUUACAGAAAC